AUGGAGACGUGUGCUAGGGUGAUCGAGAUUUUGGAUUAUGGGUAUAAGAAUGCCCCCUAUCAACAAUUAGAGCAAUGGAUCAGGUGGUGCGCCCACUAUAUCAAGCUGUACACUAAAGUUUUAAAGAGGGUAGUUCUCUCUACAGGUGAAAGAAAUAAAAUUCAAGCCCAAGUUGCAUUGAUACAGUACUACCAUGAGCGAUUCAAGGAUAAAAGGCGUCGAGGGGGUAGGCUGCACUCAUCAUCAUUGCGUAGAGGGACCAGAAGAGAUCGGAUACGCUGGAUGGAUUCACAGUCUGUCUUCCGAGGAAGAAUAAGCAGUGGCACUAUAGUGAACCUCAGGCAUACAGAUCUGGAGAAGUUUUUGAGGAAUGCACAGAAACUCACUAAUUCACGGAUAAAGCAUAUUCUUGGGAAUGAAGGGAACAUCAAAGUCAACAGUAUACUGGCUUGCAAGUUUCAAAUGAAGAAAAGUGAGAUUAUUUCAGAAGAGACAAAGUAUUUUAAUACGAGAAAUGAAAUAAUUCUACCAAGCACAGAUCUUGAGAUAUGGUUCCAAGAAAAAGUGAUCGAUCGGUUAUUGGAAAAAGUUGAAGAUUUUCAAGAAGGUGAUUCCGGCUGGACACUGACUGAAAUUAUUAAUUUAGUAAUAUGUGUUAAUCAUUAUAUACCAUUAUCUGCUGGUUUAUCGAUCUAUGUGGAGUUACCUUAUGAUAUUCAACGUAAAAAAUCUGUCGUGAAUGUCAAGAAUAUCGAUGAAUUCUGUUUUUUAUGGUCAGUCGUAGCUGCUCUAUUCCCAGCUCAGAGUAACAAGUGUAUAAUCAGCUCAUAUCCACAUUACGCCGCAGCCAGAUUACCACACACUAACAAGAAAUUGGAAUAUAAGGAUCUAUGUUUUCCAUUAGCAUUGAAUGAUGUCCCAAAGUUCGAAAAAAAGAAUGGAUUGUCUAUCAACGUGUAUGGAAUCGAGGAUGGAGAUGGAGGAGGCAGUCAAAUAGUACCCUUUCACCUUAGCAAGGUUGAUUCUAAGAGACCUACGAUUCAUCUCUUGUUCUUUUGCUCGAGUGUACAUGAUGAUGCUGCUACUCAACCAAUUUAUCACUUUGCAUGGAUUCGAGAUCUUUCCAGAUUAGUUAGUGCUCAAAUUUCUCGUCAUGCACAUCGCACGUGGCUCUGUGAUCGAUGUUUAUGCCAUUUUCAAGAGGAACGGUGUUAUAGAAAUCAUAAGCAAGACUGUUUCAUUAUGAGCAAGUGUAAAUCAUUACUCCCCAAUGAAGGGGAGAAUAUUUUGAGAUUUAAAAAUCAUAGAUUCAAGGAGGUGAUGCCAUUUGUGAUAUAUGCUGAUCUGGAAUGUUCGGACUGUAUCAAGUGGUUCAUAAAGAGAUUGCAGAGCAUUGGAGUGGUAGUGAAUGAUUACUUGAAUACUAUAAUACCAAUGGAGGAAUUGAGUGAUGAAAAAAUGCGAGACUUUGUGAAAGCUCAAGUUUGUCAUAUUUGUACUAAAUCGUUUACGCCAACAGAUGCAAAACAUCGUGACCAUUGUCACAUUACAGGGAAGUAUCGUGGUGCUGCACAUAUUGGAUGUAAUUUGAAUUAUAAGAAUUCGCAUGAUAUACCAGUGAUAUUCCACAAUCUCUCUGGCUACGACGAACAUUUCCUCAUACGAGAUUUAGCGAAGGAAUUUAAUGGUUCUGUUGAAUUACUCCCAAUCAAUAAAGAGAAAUAUAUAGCCUUCCGAAAGCAUAUACCAAAGACUAAAGUCUAUCUAAGAUUCAUUGACCCCUUCAGAUUUAUAGCAAGCAGUUUGGAAAAAUUGGCAUCUUAUUUGAGUAUUUCUGAUUUGAAAAUUACGCAAGCACAGUGUGAUAAUAAUGAUGAAAAACUUGGAUUAUUGAUGAGAAAGGGAGUAUUCCCUUAUGAAUAUGUUGAUAGCUGGGAGAAAUUGGUUGAGGAAGAUUUACCAUCGGGAGAAGAUUUUUAUUCAAAGUUGAAUAAUCAACAAAUAUCAGAAAAAGAUUAUGAACAUGCGCGUCAAGUUUGGACCACUUUCAAUGUUUCAACCUUGGGUGAAUAUUCAGAUUUAUAUUUAAAAACUGAUGUCUUACUUUUGAGUGAUGUUUUUGAAAGUUUUCGAAAGAAUUGUUACUCUGUGUAUAAAUUGGAUACUCUACAUUACUACACUGCUCCUGGACUCGCUUUCGAUGCAAUGUUGAAGGAUACCAAUGCUGAAAUUGAAAUAUUCACUGAUAUUGAGAAACUCUUAUUCAUUGAGAAAGGUAUACGAGGAGGUGUAGCUCAGUGCACAAAUCGUUAUGCUCAUGCCAACAAUCGCUACAUGAAUGAGCAAUUCGAUUCAAGCAAAGAGGAGUCAUACCUGAUGUAUUAUGAUAUAAAUAAUUUAUAUGGAGCAGCUAUGAGUGAAUACCUACCUUAUGGAUCAUUUGAGUGGGAAAAUCCAGAAGCAUUCAAUGUUUUCAACGUUUCUGAUCAUUCUCCGAUUGGAUACAUCUUGGAAGUGGACUUGGAAUAUCCCCUAGAGCUUCAUAAUCUCCAUAAAGAUUUACCUUUAUACCCGGAACACUUUGUACCUUCCAAUCGCAAAAAUUCCAAAUUGAUAACAACACUCUUUCCUAAGAAAGAGUACAUCAUCCAUUAUAGGAAUUUGAAGCAGUGCUUAAACCUUGGGAUGAAACUGACGAAGAUUCAUCGACUAUUAAAAUUCAAACAAGAGGCAUGGUUGAAACCCUACAUUGAUCUCAAUACAGAAAUGCAGAAGAAGUCAACGAAUGAGUUUGAGAAAAAUUUCUUCAAAUUGAUGAAUAAUGCAGUGUUUGGAAAGACUAUGGAAAAUGUGAGAAAGCAGAAAGAUGUGAAAUUAAUUACUGAAUGGAAUGGACGGUAUGGUGCAAGAGCUCGUAUUGCUCAGCCUAAUUUUCAUAGCAGUAUUAUUUUUGAUGAUGAUAAUGAUCUGGUGAUAAUUCAUUUGGAUCGGGUGAAAAUUACAUUCAAUAAACCAAUUUACAUUGGAUUUGCGAUUUUAGAUUUAUCGAAGACUAUCAUCUAUAAUUUCCAUUACAACUAUGUGAAGCAAGUGUUUGGUGAUGAUUCAAAAUUGAUGUACACUGAUACAGAUAGUCUAUUAUAUUACUUUACUGUACCUGAUAUAUACGAGUGCAUUAAGCGAGAUAUUGCGAAAUUUGAUACGUAUGAUUAUCCCGAGAGAAAUGUAUAUGGAAUACCAAGAGUGAAUAAGAAAAUGGUAGGAUUAAUGAAUGAUGAAUGUGGUGGUAAAAUUAUGACUGAUUUUAUAGGUCUGCGCGCCAAACUCUAUACUUUUAAAGUCAUGGGUGAAGUGAAAGAGAAGAAACGAGCGAAAGGUGUGAAGGGUUCCACGUUGAGAACAAUCACUUUCGAUGUUUAUGAAAAUUGUCAUCUUAAACAAGAAAAUUUAGUGAAGGAGCAAUAUUUCAUUCAAAGCAAGAAGCACAAUGUUUUCACCAUUAAACAGAGUAAGUUGGCGCUCAGUUCUAACGAUGAUAAAAGGAUUCUGUUGCCUGGUGUAACAGAUACUCUCCCUUACAGAUAUUGCAAAUAA